AUGUCCCUUGCUUCAGGCCCUGGCCCCGGGUGGUUACUCUUUUCCUUUGGAAUGGGGCUGGUAUCAGGGUCAAAGUGUCCAAAUAAUUGUCUGUGUCAAGCCCAAGAAGUAAUCUGCACAGCGAAGCAGUUAACCGAAUACCCCCUUGACAUACCCCUGAACACCCGGAGGCUGUUCCUGAACGAGAACAGAAUCACUAGUUUGCCAGCAAUGCAUCUAGGACUCCUCAGUGACCUUGUUUAUUUGGACUGUCAGAACAACUGGAUUCGAGAGUUGAUGGAUUAUACCUUCAUCGGGGUCUUCAAACUCAUCUACCUUGACCUCAGCUCCAACAACCUAACCUCAAUCUCCCCAUUCACUUUCUCGGUCCUCAGCAACCUGGUGCAGCUGAACAUUGCCAACAACCCUCACCUGUUAUCGCUUCACAAGUUCACCUUUGCCAACACCACCUCUUUGAGGUACCUGGACCUCAGAAAUACCGGCUUGCAGACCCUGGACAGUGCUGCCUUACACCACCUCCCUGUUCUGGAGACCCUGUUUCUGAGUGGAAACCCCUGGAAGUGCAACUGCUCUUUCCUGGACUUCGCCAUCUUCUUAAUAGUGUCCCAUAUGGACCCCUCAGAUGAUCUAAAUGCCACAUGUGUGGAGCCCACAGAGCUGACAGGGUGGCCCAUCACCCGGGUGGGGAACCCACUCCGGUACAUGUGCAUCACGCACCUGGACCACAAAGACUACUUCUUCCUGCUGCUCAUCGGCUUCGGCAUCUUCGCCGCAGGAACUGUGGCUGCCUGGCUCACAGGUGUGUGUGCUGUGCUCUACCAGAACACUCGCCGCAAGUCAAGCGAAGAGGACGAGGACGAGGCCGGGACUAGGGUGGAAGUCAGCAGGCAGAUUUUUCCAACCUAGACGAGCUCGGUCCAGGAGUUCCCUCAGCUUAUUUAGUUGCCAGAGACCACUAUCUUAUGUGCCUCCCCCAGGCUUCCUGCUUUCUCUCUUGCCCUCCCCAUCCCACCACCUUGGAGCUGUCAUAGAGAUUGAAACCUACUAGUAAAAUAAAUAAAAUCUCUGCUAGCCA